AUGUCGAACAACAGGGAGCAGGUUUUUCCCACACGUAUGACUCUAGGGUUGAUGAAAUCCAAGCUCAAGGGCGCCAACCAGGGCCACUCGCUGCUCAAACGGAAGUCUGAGGCACUGACCAAGAGGUUCCGGGAGAUCACGCGGCGGAUUGACGAGUCCAAGCAGCGGAUGGGGGCUGUGAUGCAGACGGCGUCGUUCUCGUUGGCGGAGGUCACCUAUGCGACCGGGGAGAACAUCGGGUAUCAAGUGCAGGAGAGCGUUGCGAACGCGCGGUUCAAGGUGGGCGCGCGGCAGGAGAACGUGAGCGGCGUGUACCUGCCGCAGUUCGAAUCACAGCUGGACUCGGACAUAAAUGACUUCAAGCUGACGGGGCUGGGCCGGGGCGGACAGCAGGUGCAGCGGGCCAAGAACAUCUACACGAAGGUGGUGGAGUCGUUGGUGCAGCUGGCGUCGCUGCAGACGGCGUUCGUGAUUCUCGACGAGGUGAUCAAGGUCACGAACCGGAGAGUGAACGCAAUUGAGCACGUAAUCAUCCCGCGCACGGAAAACACGAUAGCGUAUAUCAACUCCGAGCUGGACGAGCUGGACCGCGAGGAGUUCUACAGGCUGAAAAAGGUGCAGGAAAAGAAACAGAGGGACGUCGUCGCCCUUGACGCGGAAAUGAAGCGCAAGAGGCUUGAGAAGGCUGCCACUUCAACUGAUGCGGCGGUGGCGGACGCCGUUCCGGACGACGACAUUCGCGGUGAAGGGGAAUUGGACGAGCACGGACAACCGGACGUGGAGGUUGGCAACCAAGACAUACUUGCAGAGCAAGAAGAGGAUGUUAUCUUUUAG